CAGACGUUUGUUAGCGAAGGUUGGAGCAAUAAGAACGUCUACAAAGAAGACUAUCUGUGUCCGAUAUACCGGGUUAAAGAACGUGUCAAUAAGAUAUGUCUCUUUCCGAAACCUCCUCUGGGUCUAACCCAGGUUCAGAUCAAGCAAUGGACUGUACAGAGGAACCUGACACAUUGGGUCAUCCAAUUGAUUGUCAAAAGAAUUGUUGCAAAGAUAAAACAAGAAUUGAUCGUUGGGAAACCGUAUUAAAAUCCUAUGAAGAACUGACAAAGCCUAGCAAUAUGGCCAAACCCAAGCCCAAACCCAAGGCCAAGGACAUGUCAGACGAUCCUUUAAAUCACGCUUUCAAGUUGACUCGCGAAAUCAAGAAGCUGAAGAAGACGAAUAGGGAAGUGAGGAGUGAAUUGAAAGAUUUUUCUAGGAAGUCAAAAAAGUUUACAGUCGACUUAUUAGAUACAUGCGAGAAUAGCAAAGAAGUUGACGUUAUUUUCAAUUCUGGUCAGGACGAUGAGCAGAAGAAGAUUGAAAUACUGACAGAAGCUGUAGCUGCUAAGCAUAAAGAGGUAUACAGAUCAGAAAUGUUAUUGUAAUACAUUGAUAUUGUUUAGGCACAUAAAAUCAUCACAUGAAUAGUGCAUUGUGCAAACCAUCAGUACACUAUGCAUUUCGGCAUCAUCUUCACCUAUGCCAGCAUAGUGGUAAGCAAACUUUUACAAGAACCGGACAUUACUCCAGCUGGUUAACUAUACAAUUAAUUUUUUAUAUUAUAAUAUAGCAUUUGUAAAUUCUGAACGCUGAUUGACUAAGAACCGUGUUGAAAUAACUCAAUAUCAACACAGAAAUGUCGGAAAAUUUCUUUCUUUAUGUUUCUUUGUGGGUCGCUUUGAGACGUAUGCGAGCGUUGUAAAUUGGUUUGUCAUAUAGCUUGGUGCACAACCAGUCACACAUUAUAAAAUGACGCAAAAGUUUCUAUAUUGUAACUCAGUCCGGUCUCUACUAGCUGCUGAGGUAGCAGCAGGUCUCUUGCCAUCUAGUUUAAAACCAAUGAUAGCCAUACCAAGCUUAAACAGCAUCUUUAUAGGCAGGGAUUUGAAUGAUAUAACAUAAACUAAUAAACAAAUACGUUUCGUCCCUACAAAUUAGCAUUAGUAAAUAAUUUGUUGAUGCCUGUCAAAUGUUAUAUGUCAAAUUUAAUUGUUCUUGCGGUUGCUGUGUUUAAUUAAACUUUCAGUAAGCAGUUUAUCCAUGCAAAAAUUCGUUAAUUCAAUUUGUGGCUAAUGACUUGCCCUGUUAUUUCCAGGAAGUUGGGUUGUUGUAAGUAGAUGUAUGCAUUUGCUGUGAUAGUUUAGCAUUUAGCAUUCUUAUAAUCUGGCCGGAGUGUUUACAACACCUACUUCCCAGCUCCAACUAUACCAUUUCUGUAUUGAAUAAAGAAAAUAUUUUGAAAUCUUGUGUCGUGGCAUUAAUCCUUAUUGAAUAUUGGCUUCAGUUCCAAAGAUCCCGUUUUCCGUAGAUAAAAUAAAUUUGACCGUAUUAACCAAUGGCCCAAACGACUGAUUAUUUAGGAACAACACAAUACAAUAAGCAACAGUACAGUACAGCACGGCAUCGCAUAGCAGGCUAAAUUAUAACGGGUACCUCAUUUGCCAGAAUAAAUCUAAAUAGAAAAAUUAAAUGGUUACUUUAGUUGGAUGUCAUAUUGAACCUAAUGGCAAUAUAACAAUAUCUUUAAAGCUAUAUCCGGUAUAUUUGAGAGAUUUAUUUCAUUGAUUGAUAUGCACUAUAUAAUUAUACAAAGGUUCAUUGAUGUGAAAAUUGGCUAAAGGUGCUUGACAGUUUACCCGGUUAUAAAAAUCUGAAACUUUUUAUAUGAUUCUAGACGCAACUAACAUUUCGGUACCCGGAAAGACCCGUUGCCGAAAGACACUUUGCCGAAAGACAUUUUGCCGAAAGACACUUUGCCGAAAGACAUUUUGCCGAACGGACAUUUUGUCUAAAGGAUCAAAUAUCAAUUUGCUGACUAUAUUGCAAUGACGAGCUUGUCGACGUCAAAUGUGUUAGAGCUGCAGCCUUUCUAGCAUGUGUCACAUACCUUACAAUUAGUAAUUACCGUGAACAUUAGCGUGAUUUCUUGUACCAUACAUAAAUGAAAUCUUCAGUUUUGGGGAUUAAAUUUAUUCAAGUUUGGCAUAAUAAAUGCGUUCGCAUUAUCGAAAUUUGAGGCGAUUUUGAACAUAUUUUGGUAUGUUAUUCAUUCUAUAUAACUAAAAUAUUGUAUCGUUCAUACAAUGCUCUAGUUUUUUAUAGCUUCUUAUUGUCCUAGCAGUCGAAAUAUAUGUGAUUUUGAAUGUUUUGUAACGGUUGAUGUUUUGCGUGGCGAAACCGGAAUUUUAUAUUUUCGUGGUCCGAAAAUAUUGGGACGUAAAAAUGUUAGAAUUUACAAACACUAACCAUUUAUAUAUAUUUACAAUCUCUAAGGCAUGCUGCAUGAUUUUAAAUAUGGUUGAAUGAAUUUCAUACAUGCAGUAUUUCAAAAGUUAUGAUCGAUUAUCUGUUUUUAAAUAAAAACAACACGUAAUAUGUAUAUAUAGGUAAUAGCAUGGUCAUGGUUUCGAGUGUAACCCAGCGUGCAAAAAGACGUUUAUCCAACGUUGAAUCAACGUUGGAAAUGACCUUCCAGACGUUGGAUAGACGUUGAAAAAGGGUUGACUAUGCAAAUUGGAUUGACGUUACUGUUUCGACGUUGACACAACGUUGAAAUCAGGUUGCCAAUCUCGUCAACUAGAAUUCAACGUUGAAUCCACGUUAACUGAAACAACGUUGAGAUUGGUUCACAAAUCGACGUCGUACAUUUAGCCAUGAAUGAACGUUAAUUCAACGUCUGUUGGCUGCUGUUGAACCAAUGUUUGUAAAACAACGUCAGAGCAACGUAGAUAUUAGGUUAUCGACGUCCAACCUUUUUUCUACCAAAUUUCAACGUUGAAACAACGUCGUGUGCCCGGUGGGAAUUGGGAUAUAACAUGCACGAGUGAGUAGUUUUCAAAGACCUCAAAAUAGCACGAGUCCAAAGGAAGAGUGCCGUAUUUGAGGUCUUUGAAAAACUCACGAGUGCGAGUUUAUCCAAAUUUCACGAGAAACCAUGCUAUUACUUAUUAAUAACUUACAUAAAAAUGUUCGAGACAAUUGUAGUUUUAACUUAUAGUUUGUUACAGAUUUUUACACUGUGAUUACAGAAAUUUGCACUGUGAUUACAAAAAAUUGCACUGUGAUUACAGAAAAUUGCACUGCUGUUUGGGAUUAACUGCACUGAAAUCAACCAAUCACAGUCGAGUAAUGUUUUUUAUGUAUAUUAUUACGAUCGUGGGACAGCAACUAGCCUUUUUGGCAACAAUUAUAUAUAUAUAUAUAUAUAUAUAUAUAUAUAUAUAUAUAUAUAUAUAUAUAUAUAUAUAUAUAUAUAUAUAUAUAUAUAUAUAUAUAUAUAGACGGUACCGUUUCGGCCUUCUGGGCCUCAUCAGUGUAGUGCUGAUGAGCAGGAUGAAAGUAACUGCUAUUUACAGUUACCUUUGAUGCCUCACGAUUAUGGGACAUCAAAACCAUGCCAGAGCGCUCAAACUGCAAGCAGUGAGCGUGCGCAUUGCGUAAGCGGCAUAUAUAUAUAUAUAUAUAUAUAUAUAUAUAUAUAUAUAUAUAUAUAUAUAUAUAUAUAUAUAUAUAUAUAUAUAUAUAUAUAUAUAUAUAUACAUAUAUAUAUAUAUAUAUUUUAGGAUUAUUCUACAGCCGACCUUCCAUUAAUUAAUAAGGUAUAGAGUACUCAUUUCGUACUUUUCGUCAGAACCGUAAAAAGAAAACGGGUAUGAAGGAUUAUAAUUUCUGAUCUUGUGCAAGAUUGUGACGUGUUUAAUUUAAACAACCCCUGAUUAACCAAGCUACAUUGAUGAGGCGUGGAACGCCGACACAUGCAUGUCUGCAGAUUGUAUUAUAUACAGCAAAGCUUUCAAGAUAAUUUAUAUAUUUUAUUGUUCAUCCAACUAAAAAGAGCAAACGUUGAAAUCAAGAACCUUUUUAAAGUUUAUAUUCCCCGCAUCAAAUCCCUACAUGAGUAUUGCUGUACAAUGGUCCAUGCAUAAUAGCUUUCCUCACUACCUCCAUCUACGCUUGAAAAGGGUACUACCUCCAUCAUAUCUACGCUUGGAAACGGUAAAAAAUUAGGUGUUUAUUCCUAAAGUUUAUCCCCAAGCCAAUUAUGAAAAAGCUUCUACUCUAAAGCACCUUCCACUCUGAAACAACUCAACCGAACUUCAUCUUUCCUUAGCCGCAAGACAUUAUUACGGAUUUAUAAACAAACCAUCUUGCCUGUCUUAGAUUAUGGUUAUACCGUUUAGUUUGGGCAGAUUGUGGUAAACAAAAUUCGCAACGAGUAGAAUGUUUACAGAACCGGGCAAUGCGUAUUAUUUUAUCAGCAAACCGCAAGACGUGUAUCCGGUCACGUGUCGUGCUGACGUCAGGAUGCCUGGUUACCAUGCAAGUUGCUAAUAACCUUGGUUAGUGCAUAACCUCAUUUAAUACCUUGUCCACCAUACUUACCCAUUUGGUUGGUUAGGUGUUAGCUCAGCUGACCGAGGGGAGUGACCUGGACUGACUACUAUUACUUGGACUCAGAUUAAGAACCGUGACAAUGGCAUCUUGCAAUUGAGCUGCCAACCAAAGGUGAUGGGUAGCAUCCCCCCUCCAAGGAACAAAAGGGACCACCACAUCUUGCAUGCGGGGGAACAAACGACAUUAUAAUAAGGCACAUUUAUUCAGGCAUAAUAAGGCACCUUUAUUCAGAAGUCAUUACCAGCCGCUAUGGUAAGACAAGCAAGAAAUGCGCACUAAAUUUUUAAUAAAAUGGUUUAUUGUCGCUUGAGAAGAGAAGAGAAGACGUUUUCUUCGCUUACAAUUUGUAUUUAAGAUAAUAAAUUAUAUUAACUGUCCAGAACAGUCAACUGCAUGUGUAUUUUUUUCUAAGAUCAGAAAUGCGCAACAGACUCUGAGAGAUGAUAAGUUGUUGCAUGUAAUUCCAACUAAACUGAAAAUUGGUCAGAGUCUUCGUUUCAGUGUUCAGCAGCAACAAAAUGGCACACUUUACCAAAACAACUGCGGGAAAUGAAUUCAUUGUCAUUGUUUAAAAGCAAUGUUUUCAAGUAUCUUUUAGACGUCUAUAGUGUUAUAAAAACAGCAUGUGGCUUAAUCUUCUAGAUUUAAUUGUAAGAAUUAUAAUAAAUGGCAAUAGGUAUAUAAUGUACAUAUUUAUAUUGAUUAUAUGGACAAUGAUGUUUUACUGUAAACUAAAACACUCGUAGAACUCAUACGUUACUACACCCGGAAUCAGGCGCGCGUAUCCUCCGGAUUUCACCUCUGCGAGUGACAUACAAAUGGUAUUUUAAAAAUACAAAUGGUAUUUUGGUUUGUAUUUAAAACGAAAUUAACGUUGGAAAUAAAACGAAAUCAUUUAAAAGACAUCUUGAAAUAAGUAAAAUUUAUUCAUGUUUGCACUAUAAUUUAACACUGGUCUUUUGCGCUUUUACACUGGUCAUUGCGCUUUUACACUGGUCUUUCGCGUGUUCAUUUACAUGUCGUCUUUGUGUGUAUUUUUGUCACUCUGAAUAAGUCCAUAUAAGAGGGUCCUGAAGGGAGGGGGGGGGGGUCCCAAUCCCAUUUACCACCUGAAAUUUUUGCAAAAUCCCAGUCCCAGUUGGAUUUUUAUUAGAAAUCCCAGUCCCAGUUAUUGAAAUCCCAGUCAAUAAAGAAUCCUUUAUUUAUCGGUAGAAUAAACAGUUUUAAGACCUUUUAAGCAAGUGGCGGACACUUUAUGAAAUAUCAGGGGGGGGCUCGUGCCGAAGGCACGGAAAAUUUUUAAAUUUGAAUCCCAGAAAUGGCAUUUGCAGCAUUCUGAGACACGCAUAAUCAGAAAACCCAGAAUUCCGGGCGCCAGAGUAUGCUUGUUCGCAGGUAGUGCUGUGAAUAAUAUAGUUAACAACAAAAAUCAUGACCAAAGACACCAAAAACGGAUCAAACUUGUAUUUUAAAAUACUCAAAACGUAGAAAAAUUGGGAAUCGACUCGCAUUACCUCAAUCCCAGUCCCAUUUUUGAGGACUUCAUUUCCCAUUCCCAGUGGCCAAAUCCCACUCCCAGCAACCCAAAUCCCAUUUUCCCAGUCUAAAGAGAGAUCAAUCCCAGUUCCCAUUUUACCCCUUCAGGGCCCUCAUAUAAUAAACAGAACAUUAAACGGUUGCGAGAAGAUAUGGAUUUAUGUUCUCGUGUCAAAAACAAUGUCUCACUCGUUCGCUGCUGCGCUCAUUCGUGCAUGCGAUAUUGUUUUUGCCACUCGGACAUAAAAUCCAUAUCUGUUCGCAACCGUCUAAUACCUCUAUAAUUAUAUUAGCCUAUAUUGUACUGGUCCCCGGAUUAUACCAGCUACUAUUAGCUGAUCGGGUUUUUACCAGCUUUAAUAAAAUGUCUAGCCAGAGAACGUUGUGACUCAUUGUGUAAUUUUAUUGUUGAAUAAUUUAGCCACUAGGUUUAAUAAUAAUAAUGUCUAUUUAAAAAUAGACAUUAUUAUUAUUAAACCUAGUGGCUAAAUUAUUCAACAACAAAAUUACACAAUGAGUCACAACGUUCUCUGGCUAGACAUUUUUUUUAUUUACGAGCUGUCGGCUAUCCGACCUUCGACGGGUGAAAGAAUAUAAUUGCGGCGGUAGGAAUGUUACGUAGCUGUAAUACAGGAAAGUGUAUAGGUGAUUAAUUAAUGCAAGCACAUAUUUUGUGAUCAGCUUUAUGGGUGAUAUAAUUUCUGUGAUUAAUUUUAAUUCAUUCUUUUAAUUUAAAGCAGUAAAGAGUUCAGUGCCUAUUUCACGCUGUUUAUUUAAAUUUUGUGUUUAGAUUUCCGCACUCACAAGACGUUCGUAAUUACCGCGGGCUCCGAUGCGUGCCGAUUAAACCUUAAUUAAUCAGGACACCUAUGCCGAUUAUAAUGUUUAAGCGGCUCGGUUUUGAGCCAAACAGAAUAAUCAUAGUACAUUGAUUAAAAUUAUAUCAAGUUAAGUACGAAUUUAUACAAUAACUGCAGUAAGUGGUUGUCUUAAACUAAUGCUUGAAUGUUUUUAAUUUUAUAUAGUUUGUUGCACAUCGCCAUGCUCAACAGUUGUUGCGUACAAUCGUAUAUGCAGAUUUUCCAACCAGAAAUUUUGUCCAGGGUCUUUUUGGAUAUGCCUCCUACACCAUAACGUUUCCAAUUUGGGCAUGUAUAUUCAUUUUGAAACCGCAAACGUUUCACAACGAAUGGUAUUAUAUGGGCAAACCGUUUGGCAAGUUUGUGAGCCAUGCUUCACAAUAUUGCGUUUUUGUCACUCUGCUGGCUCUUUCGUCUUUAAGGAACAGUACUGAGCCAAGAGCAAUUGGUUAGUAUAUAUAUAUUAUUACAUUGAUCCCAAACUAAAAUAUUUUUUCAAUACAUAAAGUACUGCGAAUAAGCUUUCCGUCAUCCUGAAAGGCCUAAAGUAUCACUAAAUUCUACUUUAAAAUUAUAUCUUCCUCACAGGCAUGCUUUCUACAUUAACACGGUCUUAACUUGAUAACAAAAAAUUAAAGUAAACGCGGUAUAUAUGUUUAACAGAGAAUCUUUUUCUGGCUUUUCCAUGUUGCUGACAAUUUCUUUUUUUAAAGUAACGGAAUUUUAAAUUUCUUGUUUGUCUCCAUGGCGAAAUAUUAACUAUGGAUUGGUUUUGUGGAAACACCAGUGACGUAUAUAGAGGAUAUUGGACGGUUGCGAAGAGAUAUGGAUUAUGUGCUCGGGUGGCAAAAACAAUAUCUCACUCGUUCGCUGCGCUCACUGUUGAAAUAUUAUCCCAAACUAAAAUAUUUUUUCAAUACAUAAAGUACUGCGAAUAAGCUUUCCAUCAUCCUGAAGGGCCUAAAGUAUCACUAUAAAUUCUACUUUAAAAUCAUAUCUUCCUCACAGGCAUGCUUUCUACAUUAACACGGUCUUAACUUGAUAACAAAAAAAUUAGAGUAAACGCUGUAUACAUGUUUAACAGAGAAUGUUUUACUGGCUUUUGCUUGUUGCUGACAAUUUCUUUUUUUAAAUUACCGGAAUUUUAAAUUUCUUGUUUGUUUCCAUGGCGAAAUGUUAACUAUGGAUUGGUUUUGUGGAAACACCAGUAACGUAAAUAGAGGAUAUUAGACGGUUGCGAAGAGAUAUGGAGUAUAUGUUCGAGUGGCAAAAACAAUAUCUCACUCGUUCCCUGCGCUCACUCGUGAAAUAUUGUUUUUGACACGAGAACAUAAAUCCAUAUCUUCUCGCAACCGUUUAAUGUUCUGUUUAUUAUACGGACUUAUUCAGAGUGAAAAAAAUACACUCAAAGACGACAUGUAAACAAGCACGAGGAAAAAACAGUGUAAAAGCGAUACUUUUUAAAAUUAUAGUGCAAACAUAAAACUAGAAUAAAUUUUACUUAUCUCAACAUGUCUUUUAAAUGUUUUCGUUUUAAAUUAUUUCCAACGUUAAUUUCGUUUUAAAUACGAACCAAAGACCAUUUGUAUUUUCAAAACAACAACAAUGAAAAUGGCGGGAAAUUUUCGAACUUCGUGUGUCACUCGCGUGAGGGGUGAAAUACGGAAAAUACGCGCACCUGGUCCCGGAAGUAGUGACGUAUGAGUUGUACGAGUGUUUUAGUUUCCAGUAAAACAGGAUUGUCCAUAUAAUAAAUUAAUAUUUGGCAAUUCAAAGCUUCCGAUCCGUUAGCCCGAGGAUCACGACAAUGUUAAAUGCCAUCGAUAUCAUCAUCAUUCAUUUCCAACACACGGGGCAAAAUAAGCACGAGCUAAAGCGUAGCCUGCGCACGGACGUUUAGUGCGGACGGGAGAAGAGAGGGCGUCGUUUGAGGAAACGCUUGCCAAAUGGCUAUGACUAAUUUGUUUUCUUAGCACACUAAAGACAGUACCAAUAAAUAGUACUAAAAAUUAUUAACAACAAAAUUACGAACGACAAACACCCAAAAAUAUCUGCUUGCACAGCAUCACAAACUUUACUGAAUCAAAUUAACAUUAAUAUUCACAGUCGCGUUACUUAGGUCGCUAUUGCAAAAUAAGCCGUCCAAUGAAAUAUUCCUACUUUGAGAACUUCCAUAUCCGCGUCUAACACCUUUCGAAACACCUGAAACCUGCCAAGAAUAUACUAAUUAGAAAACUAUAUUUUAUAACAAAUGGUAAAUGAACAGCCUGCGUCGAAUAUGUCUGUCUUCAGGCUUUCGACAACUGACACAUCAAGGCCAAAGUUACAGGUUCCUGACGGCCCAUAGUCAUUGGUUCUUUCGCUCUUCCAGGAUUCAAAUAUACAAAACGUCCCACUGUGUUUUAUACUGCGUAGCCUUUCGCACUGCAUUUUUUUAUUCUUUUCGAAGCCUCCUCUUCGCUCAAUGCUUCUCCAAAUCGUUAAUCUCGCCAUCAAACACAUGGACAAAUGAAUCAUGUUAUGGGUGGAUUCACGCAUAUAUUUUCAUAGUUACAUAUACUUAAAUUUUUCUUUACUAAAGCAAUAAAAGGUCUUAUUCCUUUGACGCAAUGAAUAUUUAAUGAGUUUGAGAAGCCAUUUUCUAUCCCCGGAACUGUGUUUGCUCUCAACACUCGAAACUAAUGACUCGUGUUGGGCACCCUACUGCAAACACAGCUUCUCGGUUAGGAAAUAUACAAUUACUUUAUGGUUUCCGUGUUUGGAUGGCCUGAUCCAAACACGCGGGAAUGUUGCGAGAGUUAAGAAAAGCGAGCGAAAUCGCGAGCCGAAGGCGAGUGAUUUUGCCCGCUUUUCUUAACUCGAGCAACAUUCCCAAGUGUUUGGAUCAGGCCAUUCGAACACGGAAACCAUAAAGUAAUUGUUUUAUAAAAUAACAACAACACGAUAGUCUCCGUGUUUGGAUGGCCUGAUCCAAACACGGGUUUCGACCAAUCAGAACACGCGUUGUAUACAUGUUAUUUUAUAAUAGUACUUCUUAAAAUCAUCGUCCAACUUCAUAGCUGCAAUGCCAAGGCCCAAGUGAUGUAGCCUCAACUAUCUAGUCUUGAAUUAUACUUAAGAAAUAUUCGAUCCCUGGUCGUGCUGGCAUCAGAGCUAUUAAAACAGCAUGUAGCAAGCUUUGAUUUGCCGAAAUAUAUUGUAACAUGACAUUGUUAUACCAUGUUAUUUAAUAUAUUCAAUACUAUAUAUAUUUAGUACUGUUAUAAUUAUAUGAAGAAGACUCCCUCGCAUGAGUAAGCGAAUACUUAUAGAGAUUAAAGAACCACGGGAAACGCCUACUACCACAAACCACGCAAACAAGGCAUGGUUUUGUGGUAAACACUGCUAGAACUUGCUUUGACAAACAUAUUGCGUAGAGGAAAUUGGUCAUAGUUAUAGAUUUCUUUCUCUAAAAUUUAUUAUAAAAGCUGAGCACAACCUGAGAGUCGAGAGAGCGGAGAGUGAAGUAAGAAGAACCAUUUAGGCUAAAAUACUUCAUUGGCCAACAACGGCUGAAGUAUAUAAUUAAAAGGCUAGAUAGUUUAAUCAAGUAAACUAAAGUAAACUAUUUAGUCAAGUAAACUAAAAAACAUUGGAAUACUGCGGAAUUAUUAAAGAAGACGGAAUACGAAGUAUAAAGAAUAAAGAUUCAAAGUUGUGCUCAGCUCCGUCAAAUAGAGAGAUAAGUUGAUAUAUUAAGAAUACUACAUUAUAGAGACGCUAAUUCAUAUAGUUGAAAGUAAAUAAAAAUAUAUAAAAGGUAUAAGGUUUCAUGCUAUUUGUGUUACGGUGGCGUAUAAUUUGAACCCGAAGCUGAAAGGUGGAAAAUAUAUCUAAUUACUCGCUGGGGCACUAGUGCCCAGGCUAGUAUAGGUUUCGGCACGCAUGGUGGAUGUCAGAUCGUCGUUGAUGGCCACAAAAUAGAAUAUUAACAAGACGCUCUACGGAGCGUUAACUCGUUGGGGCUAUACAACUACGCACAUUACUGUACCUCUCUCCUCCGCAGAGGCUUUAAUUGAGCCUCUGCACGAUGCCACACCCAAUAUGGCGGUAAACCGGGGGGGGGGGGCGUAUAAUUAUCAAACGCAAAAUUCAAGUCAAAAUGACUGAGAAAAUAUCUCUUUACAAAAACUGCAACAAGCUGACAAAGAGAUUAUUUACUAGCUCUACGAAAUAAGAAAGUGUUAUGUUCAGUUUGCGAGAAAACAUCUGCAUUUUUUCUACACAAGGUCUCCAUCUACAGUAUAAAACAAUGCACGGAAACAACGUUUUAGCGAACAGGUUUUGGUUGCAAGCGAAGAAACUUUUAUUUAAAUUUAUAUUUGACAUUUGUAUUUUUAGAAAUGUGUCCAAAACCGCAUAAAAGAAAAAAAUGAGUAUGUAUGGCAUACAGAACCAUUAUUAAAUUUAUUAUCAAGACUGAAAAUACAAUUCAACUAUUUCAACUUCAGCAAUAUUUAUAAACAAACGCGACCUUCAGUCGGUUUCGAUCUAAUUUAUUUGGAGGUUCGUAUCUUUGGUUCAAUAUACGCUGUGUAGAUGAAAAUACCACCGUUCGAUUCAGUACAAAAAUAUCUCCUAGUUUCUAUCGAUAGUUUUAGUGAAAUGUCAACACUAUAGCGAUUUACGACCUUUGAAAGUCAAGCGGGAUUUUGUACAUUAAUAUCAAAUCACGCAAUGUUUACACUUGAUAAAAAUAUAAACUAGGCAAAGUAGGCAUACCUUUCGGCGAACAUAACUUCGGAUCCUUGGGACGCAUCCUCUUUGUAUUACUCUUGUUCGAAAGCGAAUUCAAAACACUACUUAGAGUGUUAUUUUUGAGCUUGUAUCUUGAAAACGUCAUCUUUUAUUAUGGUAUAUCCAUUCCUGGUCUGAUUGUGAACUAAUUCCCGAACAUCAGCGUGUGACAGGCGCGUGCGACUGUGCGAGUAAAAACACAAUAUUUUGAAAAAUUAAAAAUAAAUAUUUCUACUGGCCAUAUUCAAAAGAAAUUUUCUACACGAAAGCGCUUGAAUACAAGGAGUAUUUUACUUCUUUGACUGGUGGCGAAUUCCGAAGAGUUCAAGAAAUAUUCAAGUUUUUCUCGAUACGUAAUACAGAAUGUUUGGCCAAGCGGUGAGUAAAAUAUACGAUUGUUUGCUUUGUGUAUUAAAUGUUAAAAAUAUUACUUUUGACCAUCCACAAACAUGCAAGCACUAGUCAAUGAGGUCAAUCAAUCAUGCAUUAAAUAAUGAUUUAAUUUUCAAAAAGACGUUUCUUGUUUAGCUUAAAAAUCACCUUUUGUUUCAGUGUUUACACUUUGUCCCACUUUGCGAUGCAAAUCGUGCAGAGGCUUCGCGCCUUCCUUGGCCUUCCCUUUGCCGCCUGCGCUCCUUCGCCCAGCGGCUACGCUCGUGUUGCAAGAUCCGCCAUGUAAAGUGUAGUGAAAUGUAUCUCAUCGUAAUAUUAAAUCCUAAGAAAACUAAAGCCUCUGCGGAGGAGAGAGUUACUGUACAAUGUACAUGAUACAUACAGUACACAGCUCUUUCAAUUGAGAUUUAAGAUUUUCCCCGAGCUAAGCGGACAAGUCGAACGGAGUGCGAAAGGCUUAACUAGAGGGCACUCAGAGACUGCAUACCUCCGCCCGUUACUCGGAAGUGAAACGCAACCUUGGAAUUUCCUAAGAAAUCCACUUUAUAAUUCUUAAGCAUAAAAGAUUUCAGGCCCCCGCGAAUUGAAAUCGAAUUGCUAAUAGAACAUAUUACUGUUGUUGUACUGUACAGUACUUGUAAAAUAAAAACUUAUUAAGUGUCAUUAAAUAAAUGCAUAAAUUUUGCUUUAUGCACUCGCGCGUGCAGUAAUUUUCACAGUUGUGCUAUUUUAAAUUCCCAGGCAGCUAAAAUCUUUUGUCUUUAAAACAAUGUCGAUUUCUUGGGAAAUUCCGAGGUUGCGUUCUUUUUAUACACCCUGUAUUGAAGUAAUCUAAUGUUGUUAGAAUUUGAAUGGACUGGCACUUUGAUGAACGUAAUAAUGCGUAACUCCGUAAGCCUUGUUUUAGACAUUGAAUUUCGGUCGCGUGAAAUGCAACUAAGACAAUAGAUAAUGAAGGCCGAAGCUUAAUGAGGUUUAUCAUCUCAUUACUGUCUUAGCACUGAGUGCAUAAAUUAUACACGUCCUAAUUACGCAUUCAGUAAUAUAUUUUGUUAAUUGACCGGGAAAAGCAAGACAAAAUUUUGUUCAUUUCUCGUUCAAUUUUUAACGAAAUUCAACCAAAUUUUAAUCAGUUCUUCCUUAGCCGAUGGGAAAUGCAUUCAAAAAAUUUCGUACGGAUAUGUUUGGUAUUUCUUGAGUUAUCGUGCUCACAGACAAACACACACACAUACACACACACACACAUACACACACACAUACACACACACAUACAUACAAACCCAGAUGAUUACAUAACCUCCUGGCGGAGGUAAUAACACAGUACUAAAACGGUAGGCCCUACAAAUAAAGUUAUAUUUAGUACGCUACAUUUUCCUUCAAAACUGUCAAACGCCAGUUGGUCUAGGAUUAAACUGCGCUUUAAAACGUUCAAAAUAAAAUAUUUUGGGGCUUUUGGGCUCAAAAUACUAUCAAAAUGAAGCGAGAAGUGAGACGAAUCCACUGGUAUACGGUCGAAAAAGAGAAAACCAAUGAUACCAAAGUUAUCAAGGGUCAAAUGUACUGCAUUUUUUAUAAUUACUAAUUAGUUUAAUAAUUUUGAGCGAUUAGCAACAAAACAAUUUCGCUUGGCUUUCAAAGACAAAGGCCAUAAAUCGCUAGAACACUAUUGUUUAGUAAUAAUUUGGCAUUCGUAAUUAGUACAAUUUCUAACGCUGAAUCGAACGGUGGUAAUUUUAUCCUUAUCGGGCCAUUAGGCAUUACAAAUACACUAUGAAACGUACUGCGAGCAAUUUGUCAACAAAUACAAUUUUACUUGAUUUUCAAUUCAAAGGCCAUAAAUCGCUUAAAUACUGGUGCUUAGUAACACAUUUGACAUCUGUAAGUACAAUUUCUUACGCUGAAUCGAACGGUGGUAUUUUUAUCCUUAUUGCGCCAUUAGGCAUUACAAAUACAAGUACAAACCUGUGGACAAACGUAGUGCGAGUGAUUUGUGAUCAACAUUACGUACUGCGAGCGAUUUUUCAACAAUACAAUUUAAUUUCUCUUCAUUUUCAAAGGCCAUAAAUCGCUAGAAUACGGGUGUUUAGUAAUACACUUGACAUCCGUAAGUACAAUUUCUUACGCUGAAUCGAACGGUGUCGCUUUCUUCUCAAAAUAUAAAGCAGCGCAGUCAAACGCAUAAACUUUUAUCAAACUUGCGAUUUGCGAAGGUUGCUGUUUCCAUGCGAAAUUCCUUGUAAAAUUGUUCAAUUUUCCCGAAUUUUCCUCAAAUGGAGGGCUAUUUAUGGAUAAUUUGGGUAAAAUUGAUAGGAGCCUUAUGGAUAAUUGGGCGAAAAUUAGGCAGCUCAUUAGUAUUCUAUUUUGUGGCUAUCGACGAUUGGAGAUCCAUGAUCCGUGAAAAAUGCAAGCCGAAACCUAUACUCGUCUGGGGCACAGUGCCCCAGCGAGUAAUGAGCUGCCCAAUAAAACCCAUUUAUCAUUUUCAAAAUGGCGGCCUUUCGUGGAGUGGGCAAAGUGUUUCAAACAAUUUUGUUAAAAUGUUCGACGAAUUGUACCUGUUUUCUAUAGAUUUUGCAUUGUGUCUAACUCUGGACAUUCUUGCUAGUUUAGUUAAUGUGCACGCCUCUGAAAAUCCGAAAUUUGGAUUGUUGACAAAUCGCUCGAAAUUUAUAUUAAACUAAUUAUAAAAAAUGCAGUACGUUUGAUCCUUGAUAACUUUGGUAUCGUUGGUUUUCUCUUUUUCGGCCGUAUACCAGUUGAUUCGUCUCACUUCUCUCUUCAUUUUGACACUAUUUUGAGCCCAAAUGAGCCCCAAAAUAUUUUAUUUUGAACGUUUUAAUGCGCAGUUUAAUAAUAGCGAACGGACCAACCGGCGGCCGUAUUUGUAGGCGGAAACGCCGGAAGUUUUAUUUGUUGGGCACCGCAUUUUAGUGCUGUGUCUGAUUGCAUAAAAUCCUGAACUGGGGUCAUUAUACUAACAAUAACUUCAAAACUAAGCCACUUGUACCUGCAAUACAAACCUAGCGAAUUUGAGAGCGGCAGCACUCUCCCCUUGACAAGAAAGAUCGACUGGUACGGAACGUAUGAGACAUUAAAAUAAUAAAGUAGGGUGCAUUGCCAUUGGGGCACAAUGCAAGUUAGUUGGAUAAUAACAUGGUAUUUACUUAAAUAAACAAAGCAGUGAGAGAACUAUUCUGUUAUACGACUUUUCCGCUUAGCUCAGGGACAACCUUAAAUCUUAAUUGAAAUAGCUGUGUACUGUAUGUAUCAUUCAUACAUGUAUGUAUCAUUCAUACAUGUAUGUAUCAUUCAUUCAAUUAAGCGAGCAAAGCGGAAAAGUCGAAUACGAGCGCGAAAGGCUGCUGGGAAUCGCUUUGAAAAUUCAUUAAUUUGUUAGCGAUUUCCAGCAGCCUUUGGCGCUCCUGUUCGACUUUUCCGCUUUGUUCGUGGACAACCUUAAUUGAAAUAGCUGUAUACAGUAAUGUGCGUAUUUGUAUAUCCCCAGCGAGUUAAAUAACCCUCUACCUCUCCAGAGCGUCUUGUUGGAAAAUAUAUUUGACGCAUAACGCACCAUAACAAAAUGUAUAUAUAAAUCAAAAGAUAUACUUUUCCGUAUGCCGUAGGAAGAAUCGCGAUAACCGUGUCUUCACCACGUAGCAAGUUAAUAAUUUCAACUGAAUUUUGAAGCCUAAAUCACUUGAAAUAUAAGAAAGAGUUUCCUCCAAAGCAUUAACAGGCAUAUUUUUUAUGAGAAAUAUACGGCUAUCUGCUAUUCGAUCUUUCGAUAUGCAAGCAAAAUUAUUGUUGACAGUUGACAUUUGAGUUACGUAAUUACUUCCGCGUUAACGAGAUUGAGCAGUGGGAAUUAAAGUCGAAGAUUCUUCGGUCAAAAACGAAUUAGUCAUAGCCAUUUGAGCAGGCGUUUCUUCAAACGAUGCCCUCUCUUCUCCCGCCCGCACUAAACGCCUACCACGCAGGCUAGGUAAAGCGUGACCAGUCUAUCUCUGUGAAAAAAACGACGGCGUAUCGGCGAUUGGUUCUAUCAAAAACCAGGAAUUUAAGACAUUUGCCUGACCCUGGCAAGGUUUCUGCCUUAUUUCUACUAGUCGUUACAUAAAUCUAAAUUUUGAUGAUAGGGAACACAUAAUCUGUUUUGGAGAAGUUAUAAAUAGGCAUUGUAUUUGAAAAUCCCUUUGAAAUGGAUUAAUUAAAAACACUAUUGAAUUGAUAAUCGCAAUUUGGAGAAGUACAUUAGAAUAUCAGUAUUAUAUUGCCUGCUACUCUAGAAAGCAAAUGGUUGGUUAUUUUGAUUACUUCUAUUGGUAUAUGGUAUAGUAUUUAUUAAACGCAGAUAAAAGGGGACAUUUUCUGAGACACCCUGUAUUGAUUAUCAUUUGGCUAAUUUAAAUUCUAAUAACACCCCAACUUCUAUGACAAUCCAUCCAUAUACUUUCUUUUUUUUCAGAAUAUUUGAUUCUUACAUUCGUUCUGGCAAUGGCUAUCGAACAAACGAGAAAAAUCGUGAGAAAAAGGUUCUCCUAUUUUUAUAAAUGGUGGAACUGCGUUUUAGCAGCCAUGCUGAUGAGUUUCGUGACAUCUGCCUUUCUCAUGUUGAUUGGCUCAAGAUUGAUUGGAGGAUGGUCAACCGCUCAACUUGUGUCAAAAUGCGAUAUUGCAGGACACAACAUUCUACUUCUUGCCAACAGCUUGUUUUCGAUCUCUUCGGUGAUAAGCGUUUUUUAUUUGGGUAGUUUGUGCCAAGUAAACUCCACGUUUGGACCGUUGCAGCUGUCGACAUUACGGAUGAUGAAAGACAUUGGCAAAUUUUUAACGAUAUUUUUGGGCCUUUUCUUUGCAUUUACACUCGGCGUGCGAAACCUUUACUCGUACAAUAAAAGUUUGGAAAUUGAGUACUUUCACAGCAACGCCAACAGUACGGCACACGAGCUUGCCAAGU